CGCCCGUGUAGCACCUCGCUCUGCUCUCACCAUAUGUUCUGCAUGUGAAGAGAGAAAUAAGAGGGUGAGAGCAAGAAACAUAUAUAGACUGCUAGCUAGAGUGUCAAACACAAGCUAAACGAGAGACCACCUUGUCACUCUCGCACGGAGAUUAUUGUCAACACGAACCAGCAUUAUAUUUAGUUCGUCGAUCUUUAAAGAUUCGCGAGAGCGAAGGCGCAGCAGCAAGCAAUGGCUCGCGUAGUCUCGCUGGUGUUGUUACUGGCCACGCUCGCGAGCAUCCUGCCGCCGUCCGCGAGCCAGGCGGCGGCGGCCAGGUGCGAGUACCCGAGGCACGCUGGGCACGGGUACAAGCACCCGGUGGGCGUGCGGAAGGUGGUCGUGGACGCCGGCGGCGCCGGCGACUUCACCUCCAUCCAGCAGGCCGUCGACUCCGUGCCGGUGAACAACACCGUGCGCGUCAUCAUGCAGAUCAACGCCGGCACCUACAGGGAGAAGGUGCUGGUGCCGGCCUCGAAGCCGUACAUCACGUUCCAGGGCGCCGGGCGUGGCGUGACGGUGGUGGAGUGGCACGACCGGGCCAGCGACCGCGGCCCCGACGGGCAGCCGCUCCGCACCUACAACACCGCCUCCGUAACCGUCCUCUCUUACUAUUUCACCGCUAAGAACAUCAGCUUCAAGAACACAGCUCCGGCACCAAUGCCCGGCACGCAGGGGGGCCAGGCGGUGGCGUUCCGCAUCUCCGGCGACAAGGCCUUCUUCUUCGGGUGCGGGUUCCACGGCGCGCAGGACACGCUGUGCGACGACGCCGGCCGGCACUACUUCCGCGACUGCUACAUCGAGGGCUCCAUCGACUUCGUCUUCGGCGACGCCCGCUCCCUCUACAAGGACUGCGAGCUGCGCUCCACGGCGGAGCGCUACGGCUCGGUGGCGGCGCACGGCCGGCGCGACCCCUGCGAGCGCACCGGCUUCGCCUUCGUCAACUGCCGGGUCACCGGCACCGGCAGGCUCUACGUCGGCCGCGCCAUGGGCCAGUAUUCGCGCAUCGUCUACGCCUACACCUACUUCGACAGCGUCAUCGCGCCCGGCGGAUGGGACGACUGGGACCACACCAGCAACAAGAGCAUGACGGCGUUCUUCGGGAUGUACAGGAACUGGGGGCCCGGCGUCGACGCCGUGCACGGCGUGCCGUGGGCGCGGGAGCUCGACUACUUCGCCGCCCGCCCCUUCCUCGGCAAGAGCUUCGUCAACGGAUACCACUGGCUCACGCCUGACGUCUGAACAGACGCCCGCCCCUUCCUCGGCAAGAGCCGCCACAGAUCUGUCUGUCUGAUACAACAAACCAGAUUUAUUCAUUCGUACAGCACAAACACAGAAUAUAUAUUGUACACCACCAUUUUUUUUUGCAAGCUACUUCAUAUAUAUAGAGAGAAAAGCUAUUUAUAGAACCCCAUUUUUUUUGCAAGCUACUUCAUAUAUAUAGCGAUAGAUCCAGCAAAAUAUAUAUAGACCGAUUCGUAUUUGUCGAUUCCAAAGUGAAGCACGUUCAGUACAAGACUUGUAGAGUUACCAAAACUUUGCCAUGUUUACUAAUGUAACUAUAUAUACAGUGAGCAGUGAGUUCGCUGUUGGCCUGUAAAUGACACCACAAAAACUGUUUCACUC